AACCAGGCCAAGUUGUUCAUAGAGCAGAAGAAAAUCCCCUUCCCCGUGGAUAACCUCAACACAAACGAAGAACUCGCUAUAGGCUACGUUCUGAUAGGCAACGGCCUUUACGAUGAAGCCAUCAAACACUUCUCGCUCUUAUUGCAGGGCGACCCAGAGCUGGUCAGCGCCAUCUAUGGGAGAGGGAUAGCUUACGGGAAGAAAAGUCUGCAGGACAUAAAGAACGCUGACUUGGCGUUGUACGAGCUCAACCGAGUCAUCACUCUGGAGCCUAACUGGCCAGAGGUCUACGAACAGAGAGCCGAGAUCCUGUCUCCUCUGGGUCGUAUCAGUGAGGCUCUGGCCGAUCUGACCAAAGCCAUCCAGCUGCAGCCCUCAGCCCGUCUCUACAGACACCGAGGAACGCUGCUCUUCAUCUCAGAGGACUAUGUGGCGGCGAUGGAAGACUUCCAGCAGUCUUUAGAGCUGAAGAAGAAUCAGCCCAUUGCCAUGCUGUAUAAAGGCCUCACGUUCUUCCACAGAGGCAUGCUCAAGGAAGCCAUUGAGACAUUCAAAGAGGCUCUGAAGUUAAAGUCUGACUUCAUAGAUGCCUACAAGAGCCUUGGACAGGCCUACAGAGAGUUGGGUGAUUUUGAGUCAGCAAUGGAGAGCUUCCAGAAAGCCCUCAUGUUGAAUCAGAACCACAUCCAGUCUCUCCAGCUCCGAGGCAUGAUGCUGUACCACCACGGCUCGCUGCAGGAGGCCAUAGGCAACUUCAAGAGGUGUCUCCAGUUGGAGCCCUACAACGAGGUGUGUCAGUACAUGAAGGGGUUAAGUCACGUGGCGAUGGGGCAGUUCUACGAGGGCAUCAAAGCUCAGACUAAAGUCAUGUUGAACGACCCUCUGCUGGGACAGAAGGCCAGCUCAGAAUACCUCAAAGUGAAAUACCUCAGAGAGUACUCUCGCUACCUGCACUCCCACCUCGACAUCCCAGUAGCAGAGUACAACGUGGACCAGGAUUUACCCGGGAACUUUAAGAAUCACUGGGCCAAGAACCUGCCUUUUUUAAUAGAGGACUAUGAAGAACAGCCCGGCCUGCAGCCACAUAUCAAGGACGUGCUGCCGCAGGACUUCGACAGCUACAGCAGUGAAGUUCAGAAGCUGAUCUGCACAGCCGACCACUUGGGGGCGUUAAUGCAAUACGACACUCCUGGUUUUUUACCUAACAGGAGGAUACACAGAGCCAUGGGUUUAGCGACCCUGGAGGUGAUGCAGGCUAUGCAUCGGACGUGGAGCAACUCCAAAGUGCGAGUCAACGGCAAGACCAGGCAAAUGCAGUGGAGAGACAUGUUCGAUAUAGCUGUCAAAUGGAGGAGGAUCGCGGAUCCAGACCAGCCAGUUCUGUGGUUGGACCAGAUGCCCGCCAGGAGUCUCAGUCGAGGCUUCAACAAUCACAUCAAUCUCAUCAGGGCGUACAACCCCAGAGGACUCUUAGAAGUCCGCCAGGCUCUCGAAAAUGUGAAUAAAGUAGAAGAUCUGCUUCCUAUAAUGAAGCAGUUCAACAGUAAAACCAGAGAUGGCUUCACGGUCAACUCCAAGGUGCCCAGCCUGAAGGAUCUUGGGAAAGAGUACGACGGUUUUACCAUCACCAUCACUGGAGACAGGGUGGGCAACAUGUUAUUCUCAGUAGAGACUCAGACGACAGAAGAGCGGACGCAGCAGUACCAGUCAGAGAUAGAGUCCAUCUACAAAGACCUCACCGCCAAAGGAAAGACGUUAAUGCUGUCCACCGAGCUCGGGGAUGCAGACGCCGUGUGUAACCUGAUCCUCUCCUUGGUUUAUUACUUCUGCAACCUCAUGCCGCUCUCCAGAGGGUCCAGUGUGGUGGCCUACUCCGUCGUUAUGGGGGCACUGAUGGCCAGCGGGAAAGAGGUCAUCGGUAGGAUCCCGAAAGGAAAGCUGGUGGAUUUUGAAGCCAUGACCACACCCAGUCCAGACAGCUUCAGUAAAACAGCAAAGACCUGGAUGAAUCUCAAAAGUUUGCCAGGUUGGUACCAGAGUCUUCCAUCUGUAGCAGAGACCUUCCCGUCCACCAGAACGAUGAUAGAGGUUCUCAACACAGACUCGUCUUCACACUGUCCGAAGAAGUCCUAACACGACUUCUACGCAGGAGAGAAGUCGGUUUAAUAAAGUCUUAAUAAUGAAGCUUCUACACUGGGCAGAACAAAGGGACUUUCUUCUUCUUCUGCAACCCAAACAAAAACUGGAUUCAGUUCUCCAAAAGCAUCUUCGCUUUUUAAUGGCAGUUAAUUAAAUUUAAAGACGGGAAAUCAAAGUGUGAAUUGACACGUUUGGGAAGCAGGUUGUGUCUCUUCUGGAGGUGAUAUUACAAAUUCAACAUAUUACUCCAGAAGAGACUUUUUCUUUAUGAAGUGGUGACAUUAUUUGGUUUGUGGAAAACUUCAUUAAUAAUUAAUCUUAUUUCAGUAUCAGAUCCCCCCCCCUCCCUUCAGAUCCUGCUCUGUUCUCUGUCAUCCUCCCUCACACGACUCUCAACCAGAGUCAACGAGUUCUUACUCCACUCACGCUGGACGCCUUUAACUUUGUACGCCAGCGUUGACACAAACAUUUACUAAUAUUAAUAUUAAAAACGCUGCUUUAGCACCAAAAAGAGAAACGGUCAAAGUUAUUUGUGUUAAUUGGACAAUGUCGCCAGUUUAACAACCAUUUAUGUUAACUGGUUCCAGUUCAAGUUCAAAAUGAUGUAAUGAUAUGUAGACCUUUUUCACAGCAGCCACUUUUGACACAAAAUAGUCGGGUAAACACCAGGGUUUCCACGCGUCCUGGAAACAUCUGGAAAUUGAUUAAAAAGGACCAAAUAUCCUGUAAAUAAUUAAACAUUUUAAUUGCAUUUUAGCCCCUCUCGUAUUUAGUUUGAAACGCGACUGUUGGCAGGAAAACUUACGACGUGGAUUCGCAACGUUAACUGAACAUGAAACCUUUUAUAUCUUUAUUUAAUUGGCCAAAAGGUGAGACGAUGAAUUUUAUGUAAAAUAAAUUCUACUUAAUUUGAACUGUUAUUUAUAGGAAGAUGAAAACUAAUCACAUUUAGUCCGUUUACUGGAGAGUACGCAGCAGAGUGUCUCACAGACGCUGACUGCCUACCUGUAACGAACCUGAGAUUUUAAACAAGAAGGAAUAAAACUGCAGUUAAAUGUGUCCUCUAACACCUCUGUUUACCCUCUUACUUCACAUCAAAGUGGCUGCUGUGAAAAAGGCUUAAAGAAUCUUUAAUUCAGGCCGAAGACAUUCAGAAACUCUGGAGCUUGAGACGACGCUGCCUUUUAAUUCGCCCCAAUAUUUUCCCAAACUACAGCUGCUUGGGGGAAGAUGACGGAGAACAUUAGAGCCACAGUUUGGGAUGCAGAAGUGAUUCUCUCUCUCUCU